GGCAGUGCUGGGUCGCGGCUGAUGGGACACAGCUAUGGAACACAGGAUCCUCUGGUGGACUUUGGUUCUGCUGACAGUGCAAGGUGUCGCUGCACAGAGUGCCACCUGUAAGCAGGACAUGUUCCAGUGUUCGGACACUCAGUGUUUGCCCAGCAGGUGGCGCUGUGACGGCGAAAUUGACUGUAGGGAUGGCACAGAUGAACUAGACUGUGGACAAGGACAGUCUACUACAUCCCAGCCUCCGACAACCCAAGCGCCUGGUUGCAAGAAAAACUCCUUCCGUUGUUAUUCCGGAGCCUGUAUUCCCGAAAGGUGGCGCUGCGACAUGGACGUGGACUGUGUUGAUGGGUCGGACGAGCAGGACUGUACUCCAGGUAGAAACCCGCGCUGUGACGAGAGAUCGUUCCGGUGUGGAAACUCAGCGUGUAUUCCCGACAAGUGGCGAUGUGACGGAGAACCAGAUUGUUCCGAUCACUCCGACGAAUUACACUGUGAGGCCAGCGCAACCGCAACAACUCCCCCGCUGACAACACCGUCAUCAGCUACCGGAGACGCCCUAACUAGAACUGUGACGUCACCUGCUACCACGGGCACUACUACUACACAAGUAAAUAUUGUUGGAAAUGCAUCGGACAUGUCUGGGCAAGUUCAAAUUAAUCCGCUUCAGUUUGACAGUACCAGCUAUUCACCUAACUCCUCGCCCACCAACAGCACACGUAUUCAAGAUCUACCCGCUAACAUCAGCAGGGAUAACUCGUCGUUGCCCAUCAACAACACAAGUAUUCAAGAUCUACCCGCUAACAUCAGCAGGGAUAACUCGUCCUUGCCCAUCAACAACACAAGUAUUCAAGAUCUACCCGCUAACAUCAGCAGGAAUAACUCGUCCUUGCCCAUCAACAGCACAAGUAUUCAAGAUCUACCCGCUAACAUCAGCAGGGAUAACUCGUCCUUCCCCAUCAACAACACAAGCAUUCACGAUCCACCCGCUAACAUCAGCAGGGAGAAUUCGUCCUUGCCCAUCAAUAACACAAGUAUUCAAGAUCUACCCGCUAACAUCAGCAGGGAUAACUCGUCCUUGCCCAUCAACAACACACGUUUUCAAGAUCUACCCGCUAACAUCAGCAGAGACAACUCGUCGUUGCCCAUCAACAACACAAAUAUUGGCAGUGAACACAUGAAUGUCUCAUCACGUUUUUCUGAUGAAACAAGAACAAGCCCAUCUCAAGGCGACUUGACCGCGACAACAACAGCUCCCACGAUGACAACAUCAUCUGUUCACGAUGCCUGUCCCGGGGGUCAGUUUUCCUGCAUGAGAGGGAUCUGCAUCUCCCGGGCAUGGACGUGCGAUGGCGAGAGGGACUGCCCGGAUGGAAGUGAUGAGUCACGUGACACGUGUCCCUCUGGGGCGUCCCCGUGCGGUCAGGGAGAGGUCAGCUGCACGGACGGCACGUGUUACAACAAGGAGUGGCAAUGUGAUGGGGAGUUCGACUGCGUGGACAGGAGUGAUGAACACCCGGCAUUGUGUCACCCAACAUCAGCGUUGAGGUAUCGCAACAUCUGCACGGGCGACGAAUUUCAAUGCGAUGAAGGUAAAUGUAUUGCACGUGAUAGGGUCUGUGAUGGACAGAAGUCCUGUGUUGAUGGGAGUGACGAGGAUCCGUCCACGUGUCCUCCUCCCCAGUGCCAGACAGGAGACGUCGCGUGCAGUGAUGGCUCGUGUUACUCCGCAUCGUUGACGUGUGACGGUCACUACGACUGUGAGGACGGAAGUGACGAGCGCCGAGACAUGUGUGAUGAGUCAUCGCAAUCGCCUCAACAUGAAGUCCGACCGAUGUUGAUUGCCGGAGUCCUCGGGAAGCAAAAGCUAAGGAUGAUUGACCUGUCACGUUAUUCCGUGAAGACGAUCUUCGCACCUUUCCCUGCACCUGGAGACAUCGGAUUCGGUGUCAUUGACGUGGAUGUCGUCAACAGACAGCUGUACUGGUGUGAUGAGCAGGGAAGGAAUAUUUACACUGGAUACAUCAAUCAAGACCAUGAGGUGGAGAACCCUCGGGUGAUCUUGUCUCAACUACACAUUGCCCACCUCACACUGGACUGGGUGCACCAGAACCUAUUCUGGGCUCACGACAAGGACGGUACAAUCCGUGUUCUAUCCCUCGACACGAUGUCACAAAAAACGUUCAACAUCAGCUACACACAGAUCGGAGGCAUCGCUGUGGACCCCAGACAAGGGUGGAUGUACUGGACAGGCUGGGACAAAGAUGGCAUCAAGGUUGAACGCUGUGGCAUGGACGGCAGCAACAGGCAGGUUCUUGUGCGAGACAAGAUGGUGUGGCCCCAGGAUAUGCUCAUUGAUUUCACAACAGAUCGUAUUUACUUGGAAGACGCCUGGCCUGACCGAGUGGUCAGCUGCAACCUCGACGGUAGCAACCUCGUCACUGUUUUUACUGCACAACGAACUAAAGGGGGAGCAGGCAUAACGCGCGUACACGUGUACAAGGAUCGGCUUUACUUGGUGGACCUCGCCCACAAUCAGCUGCAGAGCGUUGAUCUGAAUCAGACGGACAAAGUCACCGUCCGUGUCUCAACAUCUGAUGACGACAGAUUGUCAGGUUUGGCGGUGUUCGCUUCAGACAUACAGCCAAGAGUUUUCAGUCGUUGUGGUUCGAUCAAUGGUGGGUGUGAGAUUUGUCUGCCAGUGCCAUCUGACGUCCAUGGAAGUAUGACGUUCCAAUGCGCAUGCCCAGAUCAUCUCUACUUACAGAAGGACGGCAGGACGUGCGGAAACACGAAUCCUGACGGCCCUGUGUGUAUGGAUGGCUUCCGACUGGACCUCGAGACGUGUGUGGAUGUGGACGAGUGCUCAGUGUUCCCGCCUCCAUGUUCCCAGACCUGUGAGAACACCCCUGGGAGUUACAGCUGUUCCUGCACAUACGGAUACACUCUCGAGAACGGAACCGAAUGCAAAGAACAAGUGAACGCUGCUUUCCUCUUGUUGGCGCAAGGAGGGUCGAUAAAGCGUGUGAACAUCACGACAACAUACCACCGUACACUUAGCUUCAAUGAGGAAAAACACAAGCUGCGACAUGCAGUGUCCUUAACCUUCAACGUCAGAAACAGCACUGUGUUCUGGGCAGACGUGAACACAAGAACCGUGAAUAUGGCUCACAUUGAAGGAUUCCGCCUUCUGUCACCAACCCGGAUCUAUCAAGACGACAGCUCGUUGGUCGCUGGCCUGGCUUAUGAUUGGGUGCACAACGCCAUCUACUGGACAGACAGCCGCCGGAAGUCGAUAAGGGUCAUGACCUUGAAGCUACAGGACAAGAAAUAUAUCACAACUGUCACACACACCUUGGGUAAACCGCGAGCUGUUGAGCUCGACAUCAGUGAAAAGUACAUAUACUGGACCGACUGGGAGGAGCCAGCUAUGAUUGGGCGAUGUGGCAUGGAUGGAUCCAACCGAAGCAUCAUCGUCAGCUCUAUGAUAACCUGGCCUAAUGGUCUCACUAUCGGCCAGACGACUUCAUCCGAGGGAAGGACUCCCGUAGGAUUGCUAAACUCGAUGCAGUGGUCGUUCAGAAAGCCUCUCCUUGAAGAACCGAACUAUUCCGAGCGCCGCUUGUACUGGACCGAUGCUAAACAUGAUGCCGUGAGCAGCUGCAAUAUGGACGGUGGUGACCGCAGGGUGGUCAUCAGAAUGUCCAGUGAACAUAUGUUUGCUAUAACGAUGUUUCAGGACUUCCUCUACUGGAGCGACUGGGGAUCAUCAACUCUCAGAAAGGUCAACAAGAGGACGGGGAAGAAUGUUGAAGUCAUCAACACUGGCAAGGGAAGCCCCUUUGAUGUCAAAGUCUUCCACCCUGACCGACAACCAGAAGCAUCGAAUGUGUGUGGUGACAACAAUGGUGGCUGCUCACACCUGUGUCUCCCUUCGCCUCAUCUCACGGCACAGUCUCCACGCUUCCUAUGUAAAUGCCCUGAUGAUGGGCUUUACCAGUUGUCGUCAGAUCACAAGACAUGCGCUGGCGGCGAUUCCUAACAUGUUGACUCUUGGUCGAUCUGAAGUGAAGAAGACAAACAAUAAUGUCACCAUCCACCAACAUGGAAAUCUUUGAAACCUAAUUCAUCAACCAAUAUCCAGGUCUUUGAAACGUAAUUCAUCAACCAAUAACCAGGUCUUUAAAACGUAAUUCAUCAACCAAUAUCCAGGUCUUUGAAACGUUAUUCGUUAAGUUCUCGUCAGUUUAUAUUUGAAUUUUGAACUGAUAUUUUCUCCAACAGAAUCUACAUAAUAUUUCACGACGCAGUUACCUUGACUCUGAAUAUGAUAUGAAAAUAAUGUUAAAAAAGAAACACUCACCGUCAUCAAAAGUAAAAUCAAAAGGAUUACCAAAAACAUUAUGAUCUACAUAAUAGUAACAUGUAGUAAUAUAUUUGCCGAAUAAUAAAAUGUAAAACAAAAA